GCAUUUUAGUGAGGAUAACUCUUCCCUUUUCCUUUUCUCUCUACUAUAAUCAAGAUAGAAGCAGGAAGGGUCGGCCACCGUCUUCUGACAGGAGGAAACUGAUCUCCGCGUCGGGCCUUUCAAUUCCCCGCGUUUUCUUCUUCUAGGGUUUCGAAAGGCAUUUUUCUUUCUCAAUCGAGCACUUACGGUCUUCGCCAUUAUUUGCUCUAGUUUCGUUCUCUUCUGGAAGUUUGGGCUUUUUCCGUUCCAUCAGUUUUUGAGGAAUUCUGACGGACGAUAAGGAUUUCAAUCAUGGAAACAUCCGGCGGAGAUUUCGAUCCUUAUCGAAGCUCGGUCGCUUCUGGUUCCGUUGGGAAUGGCAGCAGCUCGAGGAGUUACACGAUGCAGCUUUCGACUUCGAGCUUCAUUCAGGCGCCGCUUGCUGCUCUUCUGGAGUUCUCUGGAGUACUGCGACCGCGAUCGAGCAGUCGUUGGGAGAGCGAGAACUUCCCUGCUGGUGAACCCGGUGCGGAACAUGCUUCCGGCCGGCGGGAGUUGUCUUCAAGCUCGAGUGGAGGCGGUCAUGGGGAGGUAUUGAUAAGGAUUAUCGCCGCAGGUGAUCAUGAUGGCGUUAGGGCUGUUGGGCAGGGGCCGGUUCCGCCAUCUGCCAGAGUAAGGAACACUGGUGAGAAUAGUUUGCAUGUCGAGGAGAUUCCUACGGCGUCUGAUGCUAGUGGGUUGGGAGAACAUGGCGGGAACGACUAUCGGGCUGGGGAGCUCGGUGGAUCACCGGCCUCUCAGCUGCCAUCUGUGCCACCCGCUACGCAGAGCUUAGAUGGUGACGCGAACCUGGGGGGAGCAAACGGCAGCGAAUCAUCUUACCAGAGAUUUGAUAUCCAGCAGCUUGCCAAAUGGGCUGAGCAGAUACUUCCAUUCUCGCUACUUUUGUUGGUAGUGUUCAUUCGACAGCAUUUGCAAGGGUUCUUUGUCACUAUAUGGAUAGCAGCCGUGAUGUUCAAAUCAAAUGACAUAUUACGGAAGCAAACUGCUUUAAAGGGGGAAAGGAAAAUGCCCUUGCUUGUUGGGAUAAUAGUGGUUUUCAUGUUUCAUGUCUUUGGCCUAUACUGGUGGUAUAGGAAUGAUGACCUGUUGAACCCACUGGUGCUACUGCCUCCAAAGGAAAUUCCACCCUUCUGGCAUGCCAUUUUUAUAAUUUUGGUGAAUGAUACAAUGGUUAGGCAGGCGGCUAUGGUGUUAAAAUGUGUGCUGCUAAUAUAUUACAGGAACAGUAGAGGGCGGGGCUAUCGUAAGCAGGGUCAAAUGUUAACUCUUGUGGAAUAUUUUCUCCUCUUGUACCGUGCAUUAUUGCCAACACCUGUUUGGUAUAGAUUCUUCCUUAACAAGGAAUAUGGGAGCCUCUUUUCAUCUCUUAUUACUGGGUUGUACCUGACCAUCAAGUUGACAUCUGUUGUGGAUAAGAUUCAAUCAUUUAUUGCAGCAAUGAAGGCUUUGUCAUGUAAAGAUGUGCAUUAUGGCUCACAUGCAACUCCGGAUCAGGUAAGCUACCCCUUACGAAUUUUUAUCUUAAUAAUUUGUUUUUACCUUUAUAAGGGAUUUGGAUCCUCUUAAGUUGCAGGUACUACUCCUGGCCAUUCAAUCCACUUUGGA